CGCUCCAAUUGUUCGACAAACCUGCCAAAAGGCAUUGCAACGAUGCGGCAUCGUGGAAGCAUGUUCAUGAUGGCGUGGCUUGUAGCGCAUGUCGUGACAGGCACAUUGACGACGACGUGCUCGAAUGACAUCCCUGUUUCUGCCAGUUUUAUUGACCCGCCAGCCAGUUCUACAACCAGGUCGUCCGAGUCGGAACUAUUGCUGGUAGAACUCGCCGAUACGGAUCGCAUGAUCGCCUUACAAGAGAAGAAACUGGCACAAUUGCGAGAUUUGCGACGUCUGGCUGUGGGUAGUCUCAUCGACCGCGCCUCGGCCGGCACCGCUGACGCCUUGAUCAACCAGCAAUUAGAAGCGUUUCUGUUGACCGAGUCAACCAUGUCCACACCAUCAACAUGCGACGUUCCGCCGUCAUCUGGUGGUGCGCCCCCUCGAUCUCAUCACGAUGCAUUCCAUCGAUGGUUUGUUGAGCGCCACGCUGGUCAUGUGCUCAGCGUGGUGGCCCUGCAGCCAUUCCGGCUGCCCCAUCCACGGCUGGUUCUCCCCCUGUCCCUGCUUUUCGUUGCCACUGCGAACGGCACAUUGCACUUUUACGACUUGCCUGGGGGAACCUUGGUCACGUCCCUCCAAGUUCCUGAAGCUCCCUCACCUGAUGUCGAUCCGAAGGUGCUGGCAGCGACCUUGAGCCUCCACCCAACCCCCCAUGUGACGCUUGUGCGCACUUGGGGCGAUUCCUUGAUCCAAAAAGUCAACAUCACAUUCGACUGGACAUCGUCGUCGUCGUCGUCCGUACCCGUCGACUUGCCAGCGAUUUCACUCCUCCCUUCUUCCCCCUCCACUCUUACUUCCUCGUACUCGAUCGUUGAUUCACAGAACAAAGUCUCGCCUGUAUCCGCUCAAAGCACAACCUUCCACGGCCAAGCCCUCCACUUUCUCCUCGUGAACCGAAAACCGACCCCCGACCUGCCACAAGAGCGAAUGAACUCCACCACCACGCAAGCUACGCCUCCCAUCAACAAUGCCAUCCACAUCUUAGACGACGACGGCGUGUUACUUCACACUCUCACGACUUUGGAUACAUCCGUCCCAAUACGAGCGAUGGUCCCCCAUCGCCACCUCUUGGCGGUCGCCCAAGCCUCGGCAGUGUACCUGUUUCCACUGUCCCGGCUUGGGGAACAGGCGCACUACAUGUGCGAAGGAAGUCGGUCGCCGAUCGUAGCAUUGGCGUUCGACAGCAGCAGCCCCAGCAUCAUGUACGCCACCGUCGCGUCAAGGGACAUCCUCGUGUUUGACUUGUACGUCGAGCGGUCGCGCACGUGUCGGCUGCUCCACCGCCUCCCCCCUCCCUCUACCGCCCUCUUAACCACCCCUCAGAACUUGGCCGCGAUUGUAGCAAUGUCAGGGUACAUUUUCGUGGCGUCGCCGUCGACGUUGACGGUGUGGAAUGUGUCGGAUGUGGCCACCCAUCGACCUCGAUACAUCACUGGCGUAGUCAAUCCGUUGGCUAGUCGACCAGAUUCCAUGGAUUUAUCGUGGCGUCGUCGCGUCCACGUGGCCCUGCUGUCUCGCCUCGACGUGGACGACACCGACGGCGGCGGCACCGCGGCACAUGCGCAUGACCUCAUGGUCGUGGCGAACGUCGGAUCAACGCACUCGACGGUUGUCGUGCUAGAGAGCUUCCUCCCGCCGACCGCCCCCGCCGGGUCCUUGUCGUCCGCGUUGGCCAACUUGGAUCUGUGGUGGGCGCGCCUGCCGCUGUUGUUUGUCGUGGCCGUGGUCGUGGUGGUCUACAAAGUGUCGAGUCAUCCGGCCAAGGGGUCGUCUGACGGCCCAGGAAACAACACGGCGUCCCCAGCUUCGAUGGAAGAGCUGGAGCGAAUGCUAGGCCGAGCCAGGAACCCCCGAUCGUCCUCUUCUUCGUCGCCCCAAUAUGGGCCAUCUACACGGGGAGGGAGAGAUCCGACGUUUGACCCGUCGCUUCUGUCAUAUAGUGAACGCAACAGCAGUUUGAACAACACUCCGCAGCGGUCGGCGACGACGUUCGACCGCCCCAGACCCACCACGACACGAAGCCCGUCGUUUCGGACCAACCACAUGGACACUGCAGGAUACACCUCCCAGCAUCGUCACACUGACGUGACGUGUGACAUUUAAACAACCAUCCAAGGAAAGCGAAGCAUUUCAUGGGGCUUGGGAUCGUAGCUGUAUGCACAGGUUUAGCCCGGAAACUGAUUUGAUGUGUAAGCUAUAAUAUAAUAUACUGUGAUGGUUCUGAUGUGAAAGCUC